AUGGGGAGGGUUGCUGUCUCGGGAGUUACGGAGAUUCCGGAAGACGAGCUGGAGGAAAGUAACGUUGAGGAUUCGUCGGUUGAUGACGAGCUUGAGGCGGUGCUGGUGGUCGUUUCGCUGGUCGACCCAGAAUUUAGGGAGGAGCUAGAGGACGUAGCGGUACUAGAGCUAGAAGUCGACGAGCUUGAAGCGGUGCUGGUGGUAGUUUCGCUGGUCGAUGUGGAAACUAGAGUGGUGGCAGAGGACGAAGCGCUGCUGGAGCUGGAGCUGGAGCUGGAGGACCUGGAGGACCUGGCCGAAGACACGACCGCAUCGCACUUUCCGAAUCCAGCUUGA